GUCGCGGUGCAAGCCCGAGAGGAGAUCAUUCAAGUGCCCAGACGUGGCUGCUUUUACGACCGCCCUGUUGGUCUCACGACUUUAUUCUCAGGCCUUUGUUCUUACCAGCGUGGCAUCUCCCCGCUCAGACACUAACUAAGACACGGCCCGUCGCCUGCGUCCUGCACGUCCUUGCUCCUCAACUGGCGCUCCAUUGGCCCCCUCAGGCUGUGCUGUUGAAGCCGUUCCCGCCUCGAAUUGAUCUGCUCUCGGCUUUCUUUCCUCCUGUACACCAGCUUUCUGCACACCCAACCACGCUUCGACUUUGAAAACCCUACACAGAGAUACGCUCUGCAUACGACCAGCAUGGGGUCCGCCGACACCGGCCUCGAUUUCGAGGUGCUCAUUGUUGGUGCCGGCAUCUCAGGCAUCAACGCUGCCCACCGCAUCCAGUACGAGCUGCCCGACGACACGAGUUAUGCCGUGCUUGAGGCCCGAGGAGCCGUGGGCGGAACCUGGGAUCUCUUCAACUACCCCGGCAUUCGCUCCGACUCGGACAUUGCCAGCUUCUGCUUCAAGUGGGCGCCCUGGGCCGGCUCCGAGUAUCUUGGCCAAGGCCGCGAUAUCCAGCAGUACAUGGACAAGGCCGUCCACGAUGCCGGCAUCGCAGAUCACAUCAAGUUCCACCACAGAGUCUCCUCCGCCGACUGGAACUCCAAGACGAGCUGCUGGCACGUCUUUGUCCAGACGCCCCAAGGCGAGCGGACGCUGACGUCCCGCUUCGUGGUUCUCGGCACAGGUUACUACAACUACGAGGAGCCUCUGGCCGUCACCAUCCCUGGCAUCGACAACUUCGCUGGCCGGGUUGUGCACCCACAAUUCUGGCCCGAGGACCUUGACUACACGGGCAAGAACAUUGUCGUCAUUGGCAGCGGCGCCACCGCCGUCACGCUGGUCCCAGCCUUGGCCGCCAAAGGCGCCAGGCAUGUGACGAUGCUCCAGCGUAGCCCGUCCUAUCUGUUCCCGGUGCCUACCGAGGACCGCGCUGGUGCCUUCUUGAACCGCUUCCUUCCCGUGACUUGGGCUGCACGUCUGCUGCGCUUGUACAACACCACCCGCACAUACUUCCUCUUCUGGUUCUGCCAGACUUUCCCGCAGAAGGCCAUUGCUUUGAUCCGCAAGAACACGGAGCGCCUCCUUCCCAAGGAGGUCAGCUACGACCCGCACUUCAAACCGCGGUACAACCCUUGGGACCAGCGCCUGUGUGCCUCGCCUCGGGGUGACUUCUUCAAGACCUUACGGCAGGGCAACGGUAGUGUGGUAACAGACACAAUCGAGCAGGUGACGAAGGACACGAUCCGGUUGACCUCAGGCCAGGUUCUGCACCCAGAUAUCAUCGUUACGGCCACGGGUCUCAAGAUCUGCUUCGCCGGAAACAUCCCCUUCUCAAUCGACGGCGGCGCUCCAAUCCAUCCGGCAGACAAGUUUAUCUGGAAGGCCGCCAUGAUCCAGGACUUGCCAAACCUGUUCUACGUGCUGGGCUACACAAACGCGUCCUGGACGCUGGGCGCCGACAUUACGGCCACGCUCAUCGUGCGCAUGCUACGGCGGAUGCGGCGGCAGGGCAAGACCUCGGUGGUGCCGCGGCUGACGGGGCGCGAAAGGGAAACGAUGCAGCCCAAGACCAUGUUUGACCUGUCGUCGACAUAUCUCAAGGUUGCAAACGGCGAGCUGCCCAAGGGCGGCACAGGCCAGUGGGAGCCGAGGACACAUUACUUCAAGGACUUGUUUCGGAUCAAGUGGGGAGACAUCGACUCGGGAUUGGAAGUGCGGUGAUGGAGAGGCACUCGGCCGCGCGCUGAUAUAUCAGUUAGAAACGACGUGGACUGGGUUAUCCAAUAUGCAAAGAUCGGUAGCGAACGAAUAAAGGUUGAAUCAAAGAUGGAAGCCCGGCUUCGGAAAGCUACUCACUAGGUAGCUCACAAUGCCGAAGGGCACGCCGCCACCUUGAAUACGCAGUUCCGCCUUUGCUAUCUAUCUCUUCAUGUUGUCUCAGGUAGGGACCGCGCUCUCGGGACGAUCACAUGGUGGCUUGCAAAAGUCGAACUGCCCGGCAACAGCCAAACAGCGAUCUGAGCCGUCCCUCCUUGCAUAAAGCUGAGGGACAGUCAAAUGUGCUAGCCAGCAUGAAACUCAGUUAGCCCUUAAAAAAUAGAACAGCUCUCAGACCUCGGCACAACCACGGUUUUGAAUUUGUUUGAUCUCACGUUUCCAUUGUUUUUCAAG